UCUCUAUCUUAAACAAAGCCGAGCCUGUGCUGUGGGAAAAUUAGAAGCGGAAACGGGUUUUACUUUUACUGGUAACUUUGGAGCGCAGCGCUCUCAGCCAGCAUUCACCCAGCAGUUUGGAGUUGCAGUCGCAUCGAAUCAAAUCCGUGGCAGCGCAUUGCCUAAUCCACAUCCACAUUCACCGAAAAGCCAGACAGGGGAUUUGCGGGGGCGUCACCGUCGUGGGAAAAGAGCAAUAUAAACAAACGGCAGCGGGAUGUCGAUGAGCAAUCUAUCAAUAGACGGCGAGUUCCGCUACAUAAUCCAGUGGUUCAAGGAGUGGAGCGAGCUGCAGCGGGAUGACUUUGUCUACGUUUUCGUGGAGUACCUAGCACGGGGCUCCACCUCCAACUCCAACUCCACCGAAGUCCAUGUGAAUGGCCUGGUCAACUCGCUGGCCAACGCAUCCGUUCAGGACAAGCCCAUGAGCCUGUUCCAGUGCCGCAUUAAGCUGUUCCGUGAAUGGAGCCCCAAGUGGCCGAUCGAGUUCAAAUGCAUGCUGCAGGAGAAGAUUAGCGAGAUCGACGCGAAGGUGGGGGAGAAGAUCAUCAAUGAGCUUCGAGGGCCCCAUUCUGUGCACAAUGGCGACGUAGCCGUGCAUUUAAAUGCAAAUGGGACGAGCGAAGAGGGCGGGGACCCCGAACUGGAGCAGCCAUCAUCGGUACCGGUGGCAGAAGUGGCGGAGGUCGCAGCCCCCGUGGCGGUCGAUGAGGCUGAGCCAGCUCCCGAACCAGAUGACAAUCGCUUGGCGGCGGUCUUGAGCCAAGAGACGCCCGUUGAUGACGACGACGUGGAUGAGCCUGCCGGGGAAGAUAUCAAUAGCCAGGCCGAUGUAAAUGUAAAUGGCCAUUAUCCAGCGGCUGCAGUGACAACGAUUGCGGUGAAUACAUCUCCAUCUCCAUCGCUAUCCCCGACUCCGCAGCCGAUCGUCGAACCUGUAGAACAGGUCGAGAACGGCGUUACCGUCACCGUGGCCUCUGCAGAGGUUCCCCCGGUGGCUUAGACUCGACACGAUCGUUGAAGACAAACCAGAUCGACUAUAAAAAGGCCUAAUGAGUAGUUAAGUAUUUUAGUUGUACAUCAUCGGCAACUCGACAUUCCACGCGAUGCAUUUCUAGUUACGUAAGCCAAUCUCUCCACUAAGUAAGACUUGUUUCCCAUUCUAAGGCCCUUAGCCCGUUCAUCUAUCGACUAACUUAAGAGCAUAAAUUGUAAAGUAAGCCUCGAAAAUACACGAAAGAGAGUUUCACAUUCUAAA